AUGGGAGAUUAAGGAGAGUAUAGUUAAAAUGACCAAUAAAAUUAUGAAGAGAGCUACGAGAGCGAUAUUUAAAAAAAAUUUGAAAGAGAAUUAUAAAAUAUGGAAAGGUCCAGAUAAAAGGAGACUUAUAAUGGCUAAGAAGAUUAUAAUGACGGUUAUCAAAAUGAAUAAAAUUAGGACGAUGAUCAAUAAAAUUAUAACAACGAAGAUUAAGGUGAAGAAUAUAAUCAAUAGCAAGAAGAAUAUAAUUAAGAAGGUGGAAAUGAUGGAGAAUUUCAAGAUUAAGAUCCAAAUGUAGAAAAUAACCAGUAAGAUUAAAGCUAUGAAUAAUAGCAUCAAUAAGAUUAUGAUUAAUAGAAUCAAAGUUAAAUGCAUGAAAACUCUUAAAAUUUACCAGAGGAGAAUCACGACAAUUUCGACAACGAAGAAGUUUCUAAAAAAGUUGAAACUCACUAAAAUGAUGAUGGCAGUAUUACCACUGUCACAUAUACAACAGUAACUAAAACUAAGAAAAUUGAUUUAUAAGAUUACUCUAUGCCAACUAUAGAAGAAUAAGACACUGAUAAGAUCACAAAACAUACGAGGCAUGGUUUGAGUAAAGAGAAAAGUUAAAGCCCUAAUUAAAAUAAAAAUAUUUUUAACUCACUAGAUGAAGUCUCUUAGCAAAAACUUAUAAUAAAGUCUUUAAAAGAGGAGUUAAAAGAUGAAAGAGAGAUAAAUACUAUAUAAGCUUUAGAAAUUGAAAGUCUCAAACAGUUAGUGAGAAAGCUUCAAGGAAAUAUAGAAACUUUGUAACUUUAAAUAAAAGGAGAGCAAAAUACAUAAUAAAUGUCUUCUCCAUAAAAGAGUGAAAAUAGUAAAAGAAAUGAACGAAUUUUUAAUCAAGUUAAAAUAUAUUAGUCUAUGGAAGUUAAGAAUACUAAACAAGAUACAUCUAUCACCAAUAAAACUUAGAACUUAAAAAAUAAUGAACAGGAAGAAAUGGGUGCAAGCGAAAAUGGAUAACAAAAUCAAGAAAAAAUAUACUUAACUACAUUUUAGAAAAGCUUAUGGAUACCUUAGAAAGAGAAAAUGGCUGAAAAAUAGUUGUAUGAAACUCCUGUAUAAGAAUAGGAACAGAAAUUAAAGACAUUGAGACCCUUAAAGAAAAUAACUCCUAAGGAUAAAUAAUAAUUGUAGCAAAGUAAAAUCAAUAAAGAUUAGAAUAGCUAAUCUGAUAUAGAAAGCAAAAGUAAAAAGAAAACAGAUGCAAGUGUUUUUGAUGAAGAACUUUCUAAAAUUGCUAAGUAAAAUAAAGAAUAAUUCGCUGCAGUGUAUAAAUAGAAUAAAUUAAAGCUAAGAUAAGAAAUGUUUGAGGAUUAUUAGAAAAGAAAAUAGGAGCUCUUAGAAAAGAGAGAAAACAGAAAUAGAUUAGAUGCUAAUUGGCAAGAAUCUCUUCAUCCAGUGUCAAGAGCUAAGAGUGUAAAAAACAUCAGUGUCAACGUUUUCAAUAUGAGUGAUAAGCAACAUCGACACGAUCUAAGAACACCUAGCUACAUGGAGAGAUAGAUGUAAACAAUUUAAAAGGAAAUGGAUAAAAUAAAUUCUAAAUCUAUAUCUAAUUUACCCACUUUAGAAAAUGGAUACUCUCCUAAUUCUAUUAGUUCUAUUGCAGCAGGAAAUAACUUAAAAAAGUAAAUCGAAAUAAAAUCAUCUAUAAGCAUUCCUAACAUUUCUUAAUCGCCCGAUAAUUAAUUUUCUAAGUCAUAAGUGAGUAAAAAGAAAUUAUUUUUAUAUUAAAUAACUGAUGCUGAUAAAAAUUAUUUGUUGAAAUCUCACCAAUAUAAACACUUGAAAUUGAGCAAGGAAGAGCUUAAAUAACAGUAAGAAAACAUAGAAAAUUUAAAAGAAAAACACAAAGAAGAAGAAUUAUAGAAGCUAGAAAGAUACAACUAAUUGAAAGUGUCUCCAGAAUAUUGUUUGAUGAGGAAAAAUUCAGAAGAAAUAAGAAGAUCUUAAGUUUAAUCAGCUAAAUCAAAUCAUAGAAAAUCUUAAGAGUAGCACUCAAGUUCACAAAUUAGAGUUUCUUAUCCAGCUUUAUCUGGAUUACUUUCUUAAAACAUAAAUAUGAAUUAAAGUAAUAAUUUAGACAAGGAUUAAUUUUUAUCCUCCUCUACUUCUUCCAAAGUAGUGGUGAAAGGUAAUCCAUACUCUUUGGAAUCGAAUCCUUAAAAAGAAGAACCUUAUCCUCCUACUCCUAAGAAGAAAGUAAAAUCUUAAAUAAUAACAACUUAGAUAACUACAACAAAUGCCACUUAGUCUGUGUAGCAUCCAGGAAUUAAUAAUCCAUAUGUUAUCUCCAGCAUCAAAAAAAGCAAAGAUGGCAAUAAUCCCGAAAAUAAUAUAUGGGAAAAUGAUUAGGAUUAGCAAUAAAAGAAAAGUGCCUCUUAAGAUAAUGGAAAGGUAUAGAUUAAUUAAAUUACUUACACAACUACAUCAACUACAAGAAAUAAUAAUAAAAAUGAAAAAUAAGAUCAACCGAAAAAAGAAAAAUAAUAGUAAAAUAAUUCAGAUGAUGGAAACAAUAUCUCUAAUAAAUAAAAAGGUAUUGAAAAACCAGUAUAAGAUAGGAGAAAUACAGAUUAAAACAGUUAAAGUGAUACUAAUGAGAAGGCUAAUUCUCUAUCAUAAGAUGAAAAAAAUAAAGUACCAAUCGGAAAUUAUAAAAUAUAACAACAUGAAUAUAAUGAACUUUUCUAAAAAGGAAAGUUUAAUAACGAUCAUAACAAAAAACAGAUCAACUGGGAUGACAAAAUUAUUAAAAAUAAAAAUGAUCCAAAGAAUAAGCUGAAUGCUUAAUUGAAUGAUAAAAAUAAUUAAAAUACCAAUUAAUAAUAAUAAUAAUAGUAGAAAUAGCCUUAAAUCCAAUAAAAUUAUUAAAAUAGAGUGUAAAAUACUUACUUUUAAUAAAAAUAUUCAACUCAGUAACCAUAAAAUUAAAUUUAAUAAACUAAACAACCUCCAUAGCAAGUUUAGCCUAACAAUCAAUAAAUAAAAAAGUAGAUGGAAUAAUAAAAUAAAAAUAAUUCUAAUUAAUAACCAUAAAAUUAAAAACCAAAUUAACAAUAACCUAAUUUAAAUAACAGUAUGAACAAAUCUCAAGUUAGCAAGAAUUCUUAACAAAACUAAGACAGUAAUAGAGGUUCUGAUAGUAACAAGUCAGCAUCACCAAAAUAAAAUGUAUAAAAUAAUUAUUAGUAUAAUCAAUAUGCAGAAGAUUAAUCAUAAUAGCAAUAUGAAUAAGAUUAUCAGGACUAAGAUUAUAUCAAAAGACCAUCAUCAAAUAACAAACAAGAUAGUGAUGAUGAAUCUGAUAGAGAAAAAUAUAACAAUUAGUACAAUUCAGAUUAUAACAAAAUGCAAGGAAUGGGUAAUCUACAGGGUGUUUAAGGAAAAUUUACCUAGUUUAAUGCUUAAGGUUAGCAAGUUGCUUAAAAUUAAAAACCUUAGAUUCAAAAAAGAGAACCUAAAGUAAGAGAAUAGCCACCUCCCCCUAAAAAAUCAGAAUUUGUUGAAAAGUUAGAAAAAGAAGCUUAAAAAGACAGCAAGGUUGAAGUUAGAGAUGAAAAAGUUUAUCUUAAGCCAAUUGAGAGUGAUGAUGAACCUAUGUUUGGAUAUGACAGUAGUGGUCAAGAAGAGGAAGAAGAAGAAGAAUAGCCAAAAUAAAAUACUUAAAAAAGAUCGAGUAUAAAGCAAACAAAUUCCGUUUCUAAUAAUUAAAAGAAAAGAGUAUCACUAAAAAGAGAAGAAGAAGAUUACGAAUAUGAAGAAGAAGAGGAAGAAAAUGAAGCAAAAUAUAGAAAAACUCCAAGAACACCUUUUAAUCAAAAUUAGUAGGACGAAGAUGAUCAAUAUAAUUGA